AUGGAUAGAAUAUCAAAACUCCACUUUGGUUCACCAGGAAAUUCACUUGAAAUCCGUUUCUUGCGAAAAUGGACACUACAAUUCAGAAAGGACGAGACAUGGUUUAUCGUGAUUGAUGAGCAUGGAGAUACAAUUCAGCUACUUGCACAAAAGACAAAUCAAGGAUCCACAGAAACUUCAUUACUACUCUCUCGAUGUUAUCGUAUUAAGGACUAUACAUGCACUGAGCCAGAUAAAUAUCAAAAGGUCUUAGAUCACCUAGUACACAUGAAUAUUGGUGAAGCAUCAAUAAUUGAGGAAAUUCCAAACCACAAUGCACUUCCACUAACAUGGUUCCGCUUCAGUCCAAGAUCACACUUUCAAAUGAUAGCAGACCAAAACUUGGAGCAUCCAGAUUUCAUAGGCGUGCUCAUCAAAAUGAAAGAUCGCGAAAAAAAACAAGGAACCUUUCAUGGUUAUGACUUUAACAGAGGAAAAUGCGGAGGAGAUUACCAUACUCUUAUGGAAGGAAUGCAUAGAUUCGCCAGACAAAUUCAAUCGAAAUGCCCUUACAUCAAACUCUAA